GACUUUUAUUUUUUAAAUGUUCGGAAUUCGGGACCCGGAAGUACUGUUUUAGUGUUGCUGAUAUUAUUAUCUUGACACGUAGCUAAAUUGGCGGAGUCCAGAGUAGAAUUGUUCUACGUUGCAGACUGUCAGAAAUGUCAGGGUUUGACAACCUCAACACAGACUUCUACCAGUCCAGCUACAGUGUAGAUGACCACGGGCAACCUGCUGGAUAUGGCUACAGUAACACAGAAGACCCCUACAAACAGGGUCAAUAUGGUCAGUAUGACUACACCCAGCCAAUGGGAUACGCAGCCCCUGGGAUGAUGCAACCUCAGCAGCCCUACACCGGCCAGAUCUACCAGCCCACACCGGCCUUCUCACCUUCCCCCACACAGUCAAUGUACGGCAGCAGCUUUGACGACGAGCCCCCGCUGCUGGAGGAAUUAGGCAUAAACUUUGACCACAUCUGGCAGAAGACUCUGACAGUGCUCCACCCCAUGAAGGCAGCAGACGGUAACAUUAUGAACGAGACUGACCUGGCUGGACCCAUGGUGUUCUGUCUGGCCUUUGGAGCCACCUUACUUCUAACAGGAAAGAUCCAGUUUGGCUAUGUGUAUGGCAUCAGUGCCAUCGGCUGCCUGGGGAUGUACUGCCUCCUCAACUUAAUGAGCAUGACCGGCGUGUCGUUUGGCUGUGUCGCCAGCGUACUGGGCUACUGCCUGCUACCCAUGAUCCUCCUUGCCAGCUUCGGAGUCAUCUUGUCUUUACAAGGCAUGUUUGGAAUAAUCAUCGCAGCCACGAUAAUUGGCUGGUGCAGUUUCUCUGCUUCCAAGAUCUUCAUCUCGGCCCUGGCCAUGGACGGACAGCAGCUUCUGGUGGCGUACCCCUGUGCCCUCCUCUACGGGGUCUUCGCCCUUAUCUCUGUCUUCUAAAUGUUGUCGGUCUACACCAGGGUUCCCCUAACUCGGUCCUGGGGCUCUGGUGCACAUUUCCUUUUUUUGCCCUAGUACUACACAUGUUUUGAAUAACCAACUCUUCAAGCUUUGAUUAUUUGAGUCAGUUGUGUAGAAAUCCAAAACCAAAAUGUGCACCCAGGUGGUGGGACCAGGACAGAGUUGAGGAAACCCUGGUCUAGAACAGUGUUUUCCAACUCCUAUCGUCCUGUACCUCUAACAGAACACAUUCUUCCUGUAGCCCUGGACAAGCACACCUGAUUCAACUUGUCAACUAAUCAAGCCCUCAUUGAGUUGAAUCAGGUCAGUUUGUCUGCGGCUACAACAAAAAAGUGUAUGCUAUUGGAGGUACUGGAGAACUGGCAUUGGGAAACACUGGUCUACACCCUGCAAACGGACCAACAAACCCAACUAACUUUAGGGCCUGUUAGAAGCCCUUCUGUGCUUCACCCCCAUCACAGUGGUGUGGCCAGUUACCCUGUCUGUUGCAUUCCAUUUUUACACCUGCUUACACGGAUCCACGCAAAAGUAUCAAUUCCAAACCCCUUCUAUUCAGGACUAAGGACCCAUCCACCGAUCACCACAGAAUCUUCUAUUCCAUGUAAAGCUUCUUUAUUCUGUAUGUUUGUUUCGUAGAUUUAUUUGAGCCUUGAGGCCUUCAGAAAAUGAUUUGCACAAGUAUUUUCAACUUCAUUCAACUGAAGCAGGAGAUUUGAAAUGGAGCAGUUAGUUAAUUCUGUCGGCCCUCUCAUGCAUACAUGCACAUCUGGGUACUCUGAGGUCAACUUGCAACUCGGAAGAGACAUGUCUUACAAAGCUGAAAUGGUUUUAAAUUGCUGAAACACCAAAGCUCUGUGCCCUUCCCCACUAUAUUUCCCAGCCCUAGGCGCAUGGCCUAACAGUGAGCCUCCUUAGCUAACUACAUGUGGUCAAGGGUGUGUUAGUUAUGCAGCUUGUGUGAUUGUAAACUUUGGUCAGUCAGUGCCUGCGUAAUGACAGCUGCACACAUGCAGACUCAAAGAAUUUAUGUCCCCAAAAAAUAAGAAUGUUGUUUUUUCAUUUUCUCUAUUGACCAGUGGGAACCAGCUAAUGUGUGCCUCAUUACCUAGUUUUUCCUUAAUUAAGUGAAGUUUCACUGUGUAAUGGUAUUGUACUACAGGUUGUUAAACCACACACGAAGGAGCUCACAGAUCCUGAGUUUUGUCUCCUACACCUUAACUUAAAUCCUCCUUUUCAUGCAGUUUGCAUUUGAUCAGUUUUCUAUUGUUUUCAACCCUGUAUCUGGAGAGCUACCAUCCUGUAGGUUUUCACUCCAACCUUAAUCUAGCGCACCUUCUAAUAGUUAGCUGGUUGAUAAACUGAACCAGGUUAGUUACAACUGGAGUUGGAGUGACAAUCUACAGGAGGGAAGUUCUCCAGGAACAAGGUUGGAGACCCCCUGAUGUAGGCUAUGCGUUGAGGGAUUUUUUUGGCUUCAGGUUGAAGGUUUCGGACUUUUGCCAUUCACUUUGGACUGAUAUUAAAAUGUGGCUUUGGAAUUUUGGUUUCACACACAGGUGUCAUCUGAGAGGCUGUUAAUGAGCACAGGGUUUUAAGGUCAUUGGGUGUUUGUUUUCCUAUAGAUUUGUUUCUGUGCUAAACCUGAGCUCCUCAAAUGGAUGCGUUUUUAUAUUUUUGCCCUCUUAAGCAAAAUGCGGCAAUGAAAAUGGAGUGCUUUUCAAUUUCAACAAAUGUUAAGGGGGAUACUGUAUUUCAAAAAACCCAGAGUAAAUACAGUAAGUAGCCUUUCACGAGCUAGCUGGAACGGCUCAAAGGAGCAGAUCUCCUGAGAUAGCUUGACGUACAAGUAUACCCCCUGGACAGGAUGCUAGUCUAUCGUAGGGCCUUACCCAAAAAUCUAUCUCCUUAAUGCUGAGUGCCAGGCAGCGACGCAUCGUGUCCCAUUCUUAGUCUCUUUGUAUGAUGCGGCCAGGGAUCAAACUCCCAACCUUACAAUCUCAGGGCGGACACAAGGCCACUGUGCAAUUACAGUGCUGCUCUUAUAUGGCCAAGUAUUUAUAUACUGUAUCAUUUGUUUUGUACAUCAAAGUCGAUGUUGUGCAUUUGUCAUGUGGAAAUUCUUGAUAGAUGGGCGUCGUGCUUGGGUGGUUUUAUCUGCCACAAUCUAAAUAAAAUAUUUCAUGUCA